AUAAUUACUGAAACAAAAAUAAUAUGGAAGGUAAACGGUACAAGGAAUCACGUUUUGGAUCUUUAAAAUUUUUUUAUAGCUCAGAGAAACACAAACCUAGAGGAUAUAUAGGAGGGAAAUGAAGGCUAAAGACCAAAGAAGCUAAAAGAGUGACUUCAAAUUCCUCUAUUUAUUAUCUUAUUUUCUACCUCAAAGUUCUAAAGCCAAGAAUCUUUAGCUACAAAGACCAACGAGUCUAUCAAGCCCUCAUUUUUCUUGGUUUUAGACUUCCCAAAGAAAAGAAAGAAAUGAAGUGAUUCCUAUACAAGAUCUGCACGAAACUAGAGGAGAGUUGGUUAAAGAAAAGCUACAAUGGAUUGUUUGGUUCAGUUGCAACGACAGUUAGUUGACUACACAGCUUCACUGUUUAAUGAGGGAAUCUUGGAUGAACAGUUUACUCAACUUCAACAAUUGCAAGAUGAAAGCAACCCAGACUUUGUGUUUGAAGUUGUUUCUCUUUUCUUUGAAGAUUCAGAAAGGCUUCUUAAUGAACUGACCAAAGCUCUAGACCAGCAAACUGUAGAUUUCAAAAGAAUAGAUGCUCAUGUUCACCAAUUGAAGGGCAGCAGUUCUAGCAUAGGGGCUCAAAGAGUUCAGAAAGUCUGCAUUACCUUUCGCAAUUACUGCGAUGAGAAGAAUACUGAAGGGUGCCAAAAAUGUUUGCAGCAAGUAAAGUACGAGUAUAACUUGGUGAAAACCAAGCUUGAAACUCUGUUCAAGCUUGAGAGACAGGUCCUGUCAGCUGGAGGAUCACUUCCUUUUCCUAUGUGAUGCAAGUAGAAUGGGAUUUUGGAUAUGUAGAGGAUUUCAAUCUUCAUUGCUCCUCAUUUUCUAUUUUAAAUUCAGCACUUUGCUUCAAAUUUUUAGCUUAAAUUUUGUAUUUUAUCCAUAAUGUAUGAGCAAUGUUGAAGAAUUUGAAUUGAUCUUCCCAGUUCAUUUUGUUGUUUAAUUCAUUUUCAA